UUAAGCGGUCGAGAGCAAUCCCAAUACGAUGACAGCAUCCAGCCUCAACCCCCACGCGCCACACCGUCCGGACACGGAUUCUACCGAUUCUGACAAACUAUUCUGUCUGCUCUCUCUCUUGAAUCACUUAAUUUGACUCUCCCGAUCCACAACCCCGGUCCGUCUUUUUCUUUAGAACACGAGGCGACUCCCGGGAUUACACAUUCUGAUUGGUCCUGAUGAUCACAAGGGCCCUCUUCCACCUCUUGUCGGCCAAUCCCGAUGGGGCUCCGGAGCUGAUGUCACAGAUGGCCCGAGGAUUUUCAUGUUUGGGAAUCCAGAAGAUACAAGCAAUAGCACGUUAAAUGGAGGAGAAAGAGAGGAGUAGGAGUCGGUCUCUGUCUCGUAGCCGUAGGGCCACCCGGGUGCAGCAGGUGGUGGGGACGUUGAUCAGACGCACCCGCGAAUCACUCAGCAGAGAGCGGAUCCUUGGGGAUGGGAGGUCCAACCGGUCUGGCAGCGUGACCAGUCAGAACUUCCCGGUGAGGCUAACGGUUCAGAUCGUCAGAGACCCGGUGUUGGACUCCAGCGGUCAUGGGUUCUCCCUCUCCAAACAGCACCCUCUGCUGGUCAGGGACGUGGCUGCAGGAGGCCCAGCAGAUGGGAUACUGUACCCUGGAGACCAGGUGUUACAGAUGAAUGACCUGCUGGUGGACCAUCUCAGCUAUGAACAGCUGCAAGACAUCACCAGGGACUUGGAGGACUUUGUCACAAUGACAAUCCUAAGGAACAUGACAGGUCCUAAGUCGUCCAUCAUGUCGGCAGAGAAGAGGGCUCGUCUGAGGAGUAACCCGAUCAAAGUACGCUUUGCAGAGGAAGUGGUUGUCAACGGUCACACUCAGGGGAACUCUCUUCUGUUCCUUCCCAAUGUUCUGAAGGUGUAUCUGGAGAACGGACAGACCAAGGCCUUCAAGUUUGACACUACCACCACUGUCAAAGACAUCGUUGUGACUCUGAAGGACAAGUUGUCUAUCCGCUGCAUUGAGUACUUUGCUCUGGUGCUGGAACAGCAGUACAGCAUCACCAAGCUACUGCUGCUGCACGAGGACGAGUUCAUACACAGGGUGGUGCAGAAGAAGGAGAACAGCAGCCAUGACUACAGGUGUCUGUUCAGGGUGUGUUUCAUUCCCAGAGACCCCCUGGAGCUGCUACAGGAAGACCCCACCGCCUUCGAGUACCUCUUCCUGCAGAGCGUCGGGGACGUUCUACAGGAGAGGUUUGCGGUGGAGAUGAAGUGUAACACUGCACUGCGUCUGGCUGCCCUGCACAUGCACGAGAGACUGAACAGUAUAGGCUCCACCCGGACCUCUAUCAGGAGCAUCACGAAAGAGUUUGGUCUGGACAGCUUCAUCUCACCCACUCUGCUCAGUAACAUGAGAGAGAAGGACCUGAGGAAAGCCAUCAGCUACCACCUCAAGAAGAUACAGUCACUGCUGGAGCCACAACAGAAGCCUUUUGCCUUACUGAUGGACUCUCUGGCAGCCAAAGACCUGGCGUGUCUCCUGGGGGGCUACUGCAAGCUCCUGGUGGACCCCAGAGUGUGUGUGUUCCGUCUGGGACGCCCCAAGGUCCGGGUUCACAGGAUACCUGCUGAGGAAGGUGUGUGUGAAGGGAAGUUCGCCGUUAUAGAGGGAGUGUGCUAUGAAUCGCUGACAAGCUAUGUGUCCCGCUGCUGUAGUGACUCCAAUGACUCUUCAGAUGAGGACUACCCUGCCGAGCCUCCGCCAACGCACACCCGCAAACGCCAUGCACCCGCCAGCAAAGACAGGGAGGGGUGGAGGAGAGAAAAGGAGGAGCAGAGAGGAGCAGAGGGAAGGAAAGAAAGAGCUGAAAAAGAAGACAAAGAUAAGCAUGAGGUGAAGAUCAUUGUGACGUCAGAGAAGGACAUGGAAGUUGAGGAGGAGGAUGGAAGAGAAGAUGGAGGAAGAGAGAUACAUCUCGGAGGUAACGCCAAUGAAGGAAGAGUGGAACAGGACAUGGUACUGGACACGAACUGGUAUCACACAGACCCACGGGUUAACAGUAGCUUCUCCAGCCUGUCCAGUGGCUCUUUGAGUGCUGCCUUGGAGGAAAGCGGUGUCGCAGCCAGGGGAGAGGACCUAGCCAAGGCCUCCUCUCGUGUGGACGCCCUGCGUGAGGACAGCCCCUCUCGCCGGUCCAAACAGCCGACGGGUGUGGCGAUCCCGACGGGGAUCGCCACACUGGAUGUCCACCAUCCAUUCCUCCUGGAGGUCACAGCUCGAUCUCCACAGCACCAAAGAGAGGGCGCCGCCGGCAGCACGGCCUCCGCACCCGUACGCCCCACCAACCUGAGUUACCGUAGCAACGAUAGCUCGUGUCUUUGCUUUGCCGAGCUUUCCCAAGGCAGCUACCUCCCCAGCCCCCCCGAGGCCACCAGCGACGAGGAGGAGACGGAGGAAGUUGAGGAUGACGAUGAUGAGGAGGAACUGAGACGGCUCUCUAAGAUACCCAGUCAGAUAGACCUGCGCCUCAUCGACAAGAUCUGCGCCCGGUCUAACAAAACUGCUUCCAACAACAAGUUAGACAUCCCCAAAAUCAUCCCCAACCUCACCUCCUGUGAAAAGAGGACUGUUUGUAGCUCCGCCCACAAAAGGGAGGAGCGUCUAUCAAUUCACUCUGGAGAUUCCGAGCCUUUCCUAACACCGUCCCCUAAUCCUCCUCCUCCUAUUGCUAGGGAAAGUGCUUCGGAGUCAGAUGAUGAGUUCUUCGAUGCCCAGGAGCGGUUCACUCCUCCAGUUCCUUCUGAUGGUACAGAAAACAGUUUGGAUGCGGCUGACAAUAAGAGGCACAGUAAACGCUGGACUGGCACAGGGAACGGACUGCCAGUGGUACCAGAGAUGGAGCCUCCCUCACCCCUCAAAAAGAAGCACUCCUCCCCUGACCACAAGAAACAGCAGGAGACCCAACGAGACCCAAAGCGCCAUUCAAACCAGGCUUCCACUCAGAGGGUUGAUGCCAAGACCAAGCCUCCACCAUUGGCCCCCAAGCCCCAGCUACCCAUAAAACCUGAACUGGCCCCCAAGCCCCAGAUGGGCUCCCAGAGGUCUCCCCAACACGGCGGUCCAUACUCCCAUUGUAACGGAGAUGCUGGUGGGGGCCACGCGGGCCUGUUGGAGGUAGACACCAUGGAACCAGACACCAUGGAGUUUAAAUCAGUCACCUCGGGAGCGGGGGGGCCUCCACUCGCCUCCCCCCUCAUCACGGCGGUACGGAAGAGCCAGCAACCCCCUGCCGGUCCACAGGGUGUGGAGAACGGGCCUAAGAUAGAGAACAGUUCUAAGCAAGAGAACGGUUCUAAGAACGGGACUCAUCACGUGCUUCCUAAGGACCGUGUUCUGGUCACUGCUGACAACAGGAGAGCUGAUGUUGAAACUAAAACAAACAGGGUUACCCUGCUGAAGGGAGAGGUCAGAACGGGGGAUGGGGUGGACCUCCCGAAAAAGCUGACAAGCCUGUCACCCAUUUCACAUUCUGCUUCAGGAGAUGAGAUCAGGUUGAGCCUGGCCACCCCUCCACCACUCUCUCCCAAACCCUCCCCUCCUUCUCUCCAUCCCCUAUCAGUCCUCGCCAUCCCGGUCUCACCAAAUGAGAAAGAGGGGACGUGUCCGCCGAGCGGCCUGCACCCCUGGGUUAGUUGCAACGGGAGCAAUCAGACCGGGAGGAGGGUCUCUCUGAGUCACGAGAACUUGUCGCCCAAAAAUACAGACGCCCCCCUCAGCCUGACCAGCUCCCUCACCACCUCCUCUAAAGGGACAGUGGGAGACCCAGAGAGCACAGGAAGGUCAGGGUCAGACCUGAGGGUCAGUUCUUCCAGCCUGGGGGGCCGUCUGCCUACCUCAGCCCUGAGAGGGAGGAUCCAGGCCCUGCCCUGGUACAUGACCCGCUCCCAGGAGAUCCUGGGCACCCUGGACCACUCUUCCACCAGCUCCAUCAACGGGGAUGUCACGUCCGGCUAUGGCUCCGGUUUGUCAGUCAGCGGAGCCUCUGAGGUCAGCAAGGUCACUGCCCAGGCAACAGUUGGUGAGACUGCAGGGGGAAAAGGGAAGAAGGAAGUGGUGGAGGAUGGAGCCGAGGUUGUCAUAGCAACCAUCAAAGAGUUCCAGGAAGUGACUCCGCGUGCGAAGGAGGCCAACGGGAAUAGCGGGUCGCACCCCAACCUGACCCUGAGAGAAAACGAUGCACACGUCUCAGAACCCUACGGAUUCCUGGGGUCCUGCAAGUCGGAGCAGCCUCAGUCCAGACCCCACUCAGAGGUGGGGUUAGGGGGCGGUUCAGGCCCGCCCCCAGAGGGGGACUCUCUGGAGCACACCCCUCCCCCGGCCCACCGUGAGGCGUGCGGCUGCCGCACAGUCUACGCCAACUGCUUCAGCGGUGACGUAGAGGACGGCUGUGGCUUCGACGAGGAGCUCACCAUCUACGAGUUCUCCAAACGCACGCGCCCCAAACCAGCCCAUUCUACACCCCUGGCCUCCCCCACCUCCCCCAUCCCCUCCCCCGUCAUCCUGUCCCUGCUGAGAGACACCCCUCGCCCCCUCUCCACCCUCUCCACCACCUCCUCAGAGCUCAGCCCACUCCUGUCCCGCCCUGUCUCCCCCACGCCCCUUGGCUCCCUGCGUUCCCUCACCAACAAGCACUAUGGGGGGCUGAAAGGGGGCUUCGUCUCCCUGAGACAGGACAUCAAUCAGCUCCUACUGGUCCUGGCUGGGCCACCACCAUCAUCAGAACCCUCCAAAACAGAUCAGGAUGAGGGUGGAGAAGGGGGACCCAACCCAACCCAAGAAGAGGGUCCAACCGCGUGCUGUGGAAGUGCAAGUCCUCUGCCCAUGACGGAGCCUGAGAGGAAUUUACUCCAGGCGGAGGCACGGCGGUUGGCAACAGGGUGCCAACGUGCCACGCGUGUGGGCUGGGCUCCAGAGGAGGCGCUUCGUUCCUUAUCCAACAGUUUCAGUGCCCUGGUGCAGCUCUCCGCAGCCUGCCUGAGAACACACCCCUGUCCUGGAUGUGACGUCUGCCGCAACAGGGGUCGGAUCCAGAGCACUGAUGAUGAUGAUGGGGGCCAGGAGGAGGCUCUGGACAAGCUGAAGGAGAUCGUAGGGCUGUACAGGGAGUUUGUUGGGGCUGUGGAGACUGCUGGAGCCGGGUCUGGGUCCAGUAGUGGGACGGGGUCUGGGGAUGGACAGGGAGAGGGCGAAGGGGUGAGGCUACUGGCCAAACGGUGCACGGUGCUCAUCUCUUCCGUCUUUUCGCUAACACAGCUGUUCAGGACGCACUCGCCGGACACGCCAGGUCACACGCCUCUCAACUUUUGACCUCUGAACUUUUAAAACUCCUUCUCGCUACCAGGACUAAGGUGAUGCAGUACAAUACAUACACACCUGUACAGUAAGUGCCAUGUACACACACACACACACACACACACACACACACACACACACACACACACACACACACACAUACACACACGCGCACACACACACAUUCACACACAGACCUACCAAACACAUCCUUAAAUGAUGAAAAUAACCUCUUCCACUGACUGCCAUUACUGCUAGGUCUCCUGAUGGACUCAUCUGGACUAUGCAUUUGUACAUAGGUAUUUUAUAACUAACUAACUAUCUAUCUUCUUAUUGUAUACUGUAUGUAUGAAUUAUGUAUGUACGUAUUUAUGUAUGUAUUCAUUUCUAUGACUGUUUGCGCCAUGGUCCUUGCUGGUGUAAGACCUUAUUGAUGUUGUAGUUUCUUCUACCUCCCUCCACCUUCUGUUUCUCCUCUGGGCUGGUGUCUGCUUUAGCGGCUUCAAUGAUUCUUCCUCUGGGCUGGUGUCUGCUUUAGCUGCUUCAAUGAUUCUUCCUCCUCUUGGCUGGUGUCUGCUUUAGCUGCUUCAAUGAUUCUUCGGAUCCAGUUAAAGGUGCAAUCAGUAACUUAGAUGUUUCUAUUGGGAACUCUAGGAAAAAGUACAAUGAGCAUAUUAUGCCAAAUAGUAAAACACAACACAAACUUUUACAUUCGCGAAGACCCACCCCUUCCGUUUACAAUCAAAUGAAAGGGGAGCACUAUUGGCUGUAAAAUAAAAUAAAACAGAUUGCACCUUUAAGAAGAGAAAUGAACCAUGUGAAAGCUAUCUAUUUCUGUUCCAUUCCUGGCUCCUGACUGACUACUUGUGUGCGAAUGCUUGAAUGGAGAAAACACUCAAUAACCCAAACGCUUAUAUGCAGUAAUUAUACAGUAUAUCAACUUUGAAUCCAAAGGAUACAUAUAUUUUUCUGGGGUGCAUUGCGUGGAUGGGGGAAUAGUGGAAAGGAUAUUCAUUUGGUAUUUUGUAAAAAGGUUUUGACACGGCACAAGGAAGGCUGACUGUUAAAACAUACUAAAUGUAGCAUCGAUCCAAAGGCAUUUAACACUGAGCCACAAUUUUUACUAUUUUACUACUUGCCCAUGUUUAGCUCUGCAGAGGGGCGGACUGACUGAUUCGGUUUGUACCAGACCCGUAGAUAGAUAUACAUCUAUGUUUGUGUUAGUUUGAGUCUAUCUGUCCUUCCUUGGUUUAUGGCUAUGCAAACAUAACCACGACUUCCCUGUUCUCCCACAUAUCAUUCUCUGUUACAAUUGUGUUAACAUUAAAGACAAGAAUACCUGCAUAUGCUUUAUAGUCUUUGUUCCUGGAAAUACAGAGAGGGCUUCCAUGUAUUAUACUGCAGUGUCUGGACAAUGAUUACGGGUAUGUUCAGGAUUGCAAUGUUCUGCAACGUUGCACGUAAUCGGAUGCAACAUAUCUCAGCAGUGGCUUCUAACCUGAUGUGUUGUGGGUAAAAUGCAGAGCUGUUCUAUGACUUGGAAACUGUUCACAACUCACUGAUCCUGGACAGAGCCCCGGUCAAGAGUCUGUAAACAUAUUCAAUCUGAACUUUGACUAAAUAAAUGGGUGUUUUGCCUUUCGUUUGAUGAGACACACAGCUAUUUGA